UGUAGUAUAAUAUAUCGAGCAUAUCGUACACGCGAUGUUUGUACGGAUUCGAAGAAUCGUGAGACUCGUCAGAAAUUAAUCAAGUAAACGUGUGUCGCGAGUUGUCAAACGGGUCAGACAGGCAAGUUGCGAGGGUGUGGUGCAGAUAAAACGAGAAUUCCGGAUGUCUGAUCGGUUUGCUAAGGGAGCCCCGUUCACGCCCUAAUCGAAAGGCGAACAAGCUUGAGAAGAAAACAAAAAGAAAAAAGAAAUAUUCCUGGAAUAGCCUCUCACCAAGUACAUAUUUACCGGAAAUAUGUCAAACGUGAGUAAUCUGGAGCAGCAAAUUGCGAGCUUGCAGAUCAAUCAUGGCGAUGAAGCGCCCAAGACUAUUAAAUCUGGCAAGAAGAUCGGACCAGCGGUGCCGCCAAAGCCAAAAAAAUCUCAACCUCAGAUUCCACAAAGUUACACCGUAAAGGCUCCGCCUAUGCCAUCAUAUAGCACAGUUCUCAAUAAUACAGCUUCAAGUGACAAGACAUCAAAUUUGUACAUGAACGCACCUUCUCCAUAUGUUCCGCUGGACAUAAAGAACAACUUCUCUCAAAUGGUACCUACAAAUGGCAAAGAAACACCGAAACUUUAUCAGAACAAUGACAAUUUGUAUGCGUGUCAGCCAGAAGAGAAGUUUGAACCAAAGUACAGAUAUGAUGAGAAAAAUUAUUAUUCCAACAUUGGAAAUAUGCCGGCUCCACAGGUGCCUGUGGAUGAUCGCGCGAGCAGAGCAUCCAGAAACGCGGUGUACAGCAAUAUAGAACCACCAGUGCCUAUUCCGGUUCCUAUGUACAAAUAUCCUGGCGAGAGUGAGAAGGAUAUUAUAUAUAGUAAUAUACAAUGGAAUCCUAAAACAGAGAACACAUACUGCAAUGUUCCUCCUGCACAUAGCACUGAUGAUUUGCCGCCACCGCCAGAACCAUCAGAAUAUGUUUCUUGUAUACCUGGGAAUUCAUUUCCACCGCCACCCGAAGAAUUGCCUCCGCCACCGAGUCCGGUUUCAUCAAGUUAUAGCGAGCUGCGACGUGCCACUUAUCAAACUGAUUUUCCAUCGGGCAACUAUCCUACUGAUAUUUAUGGUCCAAGUUCUCAAUCCAGCUCGACAUAUGAAUCCAUAUACGAGCCGAUUAAUCCGAGACCACCAUCGCAAUUGUCCUGCAACUACUCAAUGUAUUCUGGUUAUGGGUCAGCUGCAUCUACUCAACCACAAGGCAAAGUGUCUCCUGUUAAAGAAGUUGAUGUUCUCACGGAUCUAUUAGUCCAAGGAAUGGCAGAUAACAAUGAAGACAGUGAUAUAUACGGCAUUUGCGCGCAAUGCGGACGCAAGGUCGAGGGAGAGGGGACUGGAUGCUCGGCGAUGGACAAAGUUUUUCAUAUAAAUUGCUUCUGUUGCUUUGUAUGCAAGGUUAAUCUACAAGGAAAACCUUUUUACUCGUUGGAAGGAAAGCCCUACUGCGAAGAAGACUAUCUCAAUACUCUGGAAAAAUGUUGCGUUUGUACUAGACCGAUAUUGGAUAGAAUAUUGAGAGCUACUGGUAAACCGUAUCAUCCUUCCUGCUUCACCUGCGUUGUUUGUGGACAAAGUCUUGAUGGUAUACCAUUUACUGUGGAUGCUACAAAUCAGAUACAUUGCAUUCAAUGUUUUCACAAGAAAUUUGCUCCACGUUGCUGUGUUUGUAAACUGCCUAUUAUGCCUGAACCUGGUCAGGACGAGACUGUGCGAGUAGUGGCGCUCGAUCGAAGUUUUCAUAUUCAGUGCUACAAGUGCGAGGAUUGUGGAUUAGUAUUAUCUUCUGAUUCGGAAGGACGAGGCUGCUAUCCCCUGGAUGAUCAUGUUCUCUGUAAAAGUUGCAACGCUACUCGCGUUCAAGCUUUAACAUCUCAUAUGACGACUGAAUUAUAAAUUAUAUAGUCGCGAUAUGAGCCUACAUAAUUUAAACUCCUGAAAUAUGAAAGAAAUAUUAAAUCAAGUAUUAUUGUGAUUAAUUGCAAAAGCGAUAUAAGAUACCAUUUACUAUGAUAUUAUAGACUUUUUCAUGCAUAUGGUUUCAUACUGUUAUUCGCAGUAUCUCAUAUAUUUGGAACAAUAUUUUCUAUUCAUUAUAUUAGCAAAGGACCAUUUUUUACAAUACUAUAGCUAUUAGCUAGACUACAAAAAUUAUACUGUCCAAAAUUAUAUUAUCCUGUUUGGAUACUUUUAUCAUUUUUAUCAUACGACAAAAAAAAAAAAAAAUUAAGCUUUAUAUUCGAUUUAUCUCAACAUGAAUCUGAAUAUGAUCGAUACGCGAGAAAUCCGCCACACUGCCAUGAUGAAAGCAUUUACAGUAUAUGUUACAGAAUGACAGAUGUAUAUCAUCGAUGAAUUAGUAGAUAAACUUCGACGUCCGAAGUAAUUUUCCUGCAGAUGUGAUUAUUAUUGUGAUUCUAGUAAAGUAUUCGAUGUAUCGUAAAGUAUUUAACAUGUAGUUUGUCGUUGACAGGUAUACCGCUUCGAUUCAUAUAUUUAGAAAUAAAUUUGGAAAGUAGAGCAUUAUAUUAUUGACAAUAUCGAUAUAUGUCGGUGGAGAAGCGUGCCAUUUCUUUUUUAACGUAGCUAUUAAAACGGAUUCUUUUAUGAUUACAAAAAAAAGAAGAAAAGGACAGAAGCUCAAUCGUGUCUUAAACAUUUUGCGAUAUAAUUAGUCUUCGAAUUUCUUCGCAUGGGUAAGAUUACAUCAAGAGGAGACUUAUAUGAUCUUUGUAUUAUAGUAUCAAUAAAAAUACAGUUUGUUAUUUAUGGCCAAAAA